AAUGGCUGAGCAGGACCACUACUGUCAUAGUUAAUGGCUGGCGUACCGGAUGCGCCCCUAUUACAGGAAUAGAUCCUGCCCUCCGGGAGGUGUGGGCCUGAGGCCAACAUUUGGCAGCAUGUUAGGUCCUGAACCUCUCGUGUCGGUGCCAUCCUGUUAGUGCUGAUGGUACCACCACUGUUAUGGCUGGAUCUGACCCAGAAACCAGAGCUCCACGUCCCAGGGGCUCUGGCAGCUGGGGGACCUGCGACCUUGGUCUGAAGCUUCAAAGGCACCUGCAAAGAAACCAAAGCCCUCUUCAUCUCCUGGAAAGGGCCCAACGUGUCCACCGGCACAGACCACAGACGGCUCCAGCAACUCCUCCUCCCCGCCCCCCUCCUCCCUUGUCCUGUGCUUCACCCUGAAACCUAAGGACCGCCGCACCACCCUCAGAUGCCAUCUGAACUUCUCCCUGGCUCACCUGCCCAGAAGUAGCAUGGUCAGGCUCCAGGUGGCCUGUGAGUGCUGGUGGGCGAGGGACGAUUCAGAGUCUGGCAGGGACUCGGACCCAAGAGAAAGACGCGAGUCCUGGGCUGGGGGACAGGAGCGGUGUGGGGAGCAGUCACACCUCCCCCUAGCUUCUGGGGCUGUAAGGCCAGAGUAAGUGCUGAGCUCGGGUGUGAAGCGGAUGAGGAAAGAGGAUGAAAGGGGAACUAGUCUGAGUCACAGCCCCUCGGGGCUUCCUGGGCUUCCAGAAAGGCUUUCUGGAGCCCCAUGGGAGUCACAGACAAGGAGAGGGCUGAGUCCUGGAGGAGGCGGAGACGGAGUCACGGUGCUCGCUGACUCCCGGCCCUCCUUCCCCGCAGCACCGGCCAGGCUGCUCUACUUUUCUUGUUCCUUGGAGAAGACUCUGCAGUGCAGCUGUUCCUUCCGUGGGAGCCCCAUGCCCUCCGUGCGGUGGUUGAUGGGAGGUGAUCCUGUGGAUCUGAACAGCAUGAAUAAGAAUUUCCAGGUGACAUCCAACAUAGCUGCCCCUUGGGCCAACAGCACCAUCAGCCUCCUCGGGGAGCCAGAAAUAGUCAGGGGCCUCCACUGUGAGGGGCGGAACCAACACGGAAUCCAUACCUCAAGCAUCUUCCUGAUACCGCCAGAUAAGAAUUCAGUUUCUAAUGCGCUGGUGAAAGGGCUGAUCCAGGGCGUUGUGUAUGGAUCCAUUGCGACAGCACUCUUCUUCUUCUUCCUUGUCCUCCUUGCAAUGAAGAUGCUUAAGUGGUGGGAGGAGAGUCACAUUCCUAAGACCAACGAGGCCCUGAUCCCCGAGAAACCAGAGCUGCUGGAGGAGCCAAAAACACCCCAGGAGUCUGCAGCUGAGCCCUCACCUGCUUCUGUAGCAGUCUAGGGCUCGUGAGAGAGAAAGAAGACCGAGGACGCACAAACUCCAGGGCAGAUGAAGACCAUGGCUCACAGCUGCCGAGACCCAGCAGCCACAGGGCAGGAACAGCGGCUGCAUCUCAGGUCCUGUGAGCAGAGGCCACGCUCCAUAUUCGUGUUCACUGGACAGACAUGCCCGAGGCCUCCUGUCAGGCCCUGGGGACAAACCUUCUCCCUGCCCUGGAGGAGCGAGGUCUGGGCCAGCCUCUGUCAGCCAGGAGGCACCCAGGAGCACAGGUGAAACACGGGAGCCCUGGACCCUUACUGUGGCAGUGGCCACAUGCUGCCCCUCGAACCGGACUGACAGUGAGCACUGCAACCAAGUCCAGCCCCAGCCUUCUGCAGAGACACAGACCCGCAGAAGUGAGACCCUAAAGCUCUCUGUCUGUAGGGACACUGGGGAUCCUUCCCACCCCCUACAUGGCAAACGAGGAAACUGAGACUCACAGCUCCCCAGGCCACACAGCAAGACCGUGCCCUGAUCAGGACGCCUGGGUCCCAGGGCCCUGGGGCUCCGGAGCAGCUGUCCAAGCCCCUGGUCACUUUCCCUUGAGCUAAGGAGGCUCCAGUACAGAGGUGGCAAACUCAAGGCUGCAAGAACCGGACAGGUAACAAAACAAACAAAACCAGUGCCUGGGGCCCUGCCGGGGGGGCGGGGAGGAGGGGGCACGCGGCGGGCAGGCAAGCCGGUGCCCUCCGCCAAAAGGGGCGCCUUGCAUCAGACGUCUCUCCCCCAUGCCUCCCCCCAUCCUCCCACACAGAGCAGGAAUGACAUCUCUAUCGCCAGAUCUCCUGUUUUUUUUUCCCCCCAGAGGAAUCCAGAGAUCCAGGUUUCAGAGAGACAUUUCUGGAUUCUGGAUCCAAACAUGUUAGUAGUCAAAAAACCAGUGUGGGGACUUCCCUGGCUGUUCAGUGGUUAAGAUUCUGGGCUUCCACUGCCGGGGGCACUGGUUUGAUCCCUCCUCAGGGAACUAAGAUCUCACAUGCUACUCGACCAAAUAAUAAUCAUUAAUAAAAUUAAAUAUAAAUAAAUAGAUUAAAAAAAAAAUGCAGGCCCAAGAGAAGCCAUACGUGGGACUCUCAUUUGUCAAUUUGAUCAGAAGCACAGACGUGGAGGGGUGGGACUCCCUUUCUCUAAACCCACCACCUGCCCCCAGAAUGCCAACGCCUGCCAAGCGCAAACAGAAGCUCCAGGCGCCAGGAAGAAGCUCGGGGCUGGCGGGAUGAGGACGGGCUUCCGGUGGAGAUCCAGGAGGUCAUUCACUCGUACUUCCACAAACGUCCCAGGAGGCUUCCUGUGUGCCAGGUCCUGGAGUGGGGACACGGAGAUGGGUCAGAUCCAGGUCCUGCCACUGGACCUGAAAGAGGUGAUGGCCCUCCAGGCACGAGAAGCCACAGGAUCAUCGUAAACUGGGGGCGCUGGGGGCUGGUGCACUCCAGCCAGGGCAAGGCAAGCAGUGUGUCUUGGCAGGGGGCAGUCGACAGGGAGAAACGAGCCAGGCAAAGUGCCACCGCCUGGGCCUGGGUGAGGCUCCCUGCACACAGGCCUCCACCUUCACCCAACCCACUCUUGGGAGAAUCAAGAGGGGCUGAGGCCUGGCUGACUCCGCCCACCCUCCAGGAACAACGCGGUGCAGAAGCCAGAGCUGGGGUAUUGCGCUGAGCAUAUACAGCUUCUGACCUGCUGAAUGAGGAGGCAGGAGCCACAGAGACGCGGGGCUGGCAGGCGGCUCGCUCAGCAUCCAGCUCCCACUUUGGGGAAGGGGCGGUUUCAGUAUCACCGGCACACAGUGAGUAGCACUCGGGAUUUAUGGUAACUUACAGAUCUAAAACUUGAGGCCGCGAGGUUGAGCCGGGAGGGGCAGUCCCUGUCCCAGGGCACCUGCGAGCCCCAGAUGGCAAGGUAAGAGCGCCUAUUACUCCCAAGGCGAUUGGGGCCAGGUCACUAGGUCACUAACUGGUUCUGGCCCGACUCUAUGUGGUUAUUUUAAAAGGUGUCCAGGGAAAAACAAAGCGUGAACUUACAGCGAGCAGCCUACACUCAAGUCCUUAUCUAAUGUUCAGACUCCGGAUGUGAACAGGGUUAUCAUACUGUAAAAUGGCCAAG